AUACUUGGGAAAGAUCAGGAGCCAGAUUUUAAGAGUUUGCUUUCUACAAUUGAUUAAAUAAUACUGAUAACAAGGGAUGGAGACUAAAAACACACGGCCCAUUUUUCCUUGGUACAAGGAGAGGUUGCAGACCAAGUAUCUAAAAACUUCAGCAAACAAGAUUUUAGUAAACACAAGCCUUGAUGACUUCAGUGAUUGCUCGUCAGUCUUGUUCGGGUCCAACAGAGGUGUCUCACCGGUCAUUCUCCAUGGCGCUCCAAAACACAACUCCAGUCAAAAGCCUAGAAAGUGCAUCUCUAAAGAGCAUGCAUGCUUCUCAAAGCAGAUGAUCCAAAAGCAGAUUCGCAGAGAAUAUGUGUCUUCUGUAGAGGAAAAACUCAAGCAGCAUCCUCUAGCUAUGUAUCCGUACUAUAAGGAUCACAUCACAUCAGAGUUAUUUGAUAAGGUGGUAUCGGUUUUGGAUCCAGACAUGUGCGUAAACAGUGCCUCUGCACUUCCUACGCCUACAGUAGACCAUGUGGAGGAGGAAGAUGAAGAAAACUGUAAAGAGCCAAGUAAGGAAGAAGUGGACAGAGAAAAACACAAUGAAAUGCAAGACGAAGAGACCACUAUUACUGAAUCUGCCAUACCUGGCAGUUUUGACAUUGGCCCUCAAGACUCCUUCCUCACCAACUUCCUCCCUUCAAGAACACCAUCAGUGACACAAGAAUGA